CUAAGAGGUUUACUGAGGUCUGCUGUCAGAUCGUCAGAUCUGCGGUGCUGUUCUUUCAUUCUCUCCAGCUCUGAACAAUAACCCCAGAUACGCUCUGCUUUAGAGUAUAGUUAUAUAUUUAUAUAUCACUACAAGUAGCCCUGUGACCCUGAACAAAGACGGAUAACUAAUUAAUCCAGGCCUGGCCGAAGCAUACAGUCAACACUGCGGCUGGACUGACUCUCGCUAUGGAGGUGAAUCAACUGGAUGACGUAAUUCAAAGAUGGAGAACAACCAGAGAAAAAGAUCUUAAAGCAGAGGAUCAUGAGCUCUUUUUGAACAUUGGUCGUACCUGCAUCGCACAAGGGGACAGUGCUCAACUGCUGGACUUCAUUACAGAGGAGAAAAAUCAGGGCAUAGUGAGGUCCAUGGGUAGUGGUCUCCUGGGACCCCUGAUUAAAGAAGUUGUGAGGAAGGAGAGAGACCCUCAGCACUGUGAUGCGGUUAUCACCCACCUGAUACAGAUCUGCAAUGCAGAUGAACUGCUGGAUAUCCUGCUUAAAGAAAUCGACGACACUGAUCCAGAUGCUGUUGCAGACACCAUCAUUCUCCUUAUGCAGCAUAUUCAGCCAGUGCUGUCCAGGUUGGGUGAUUCAAAGGUGCCCGCACUGGGCCUGGCACUGCGCUCCCUGCAGAGACAGAUUGCGAUGCUGCCUGUGCCAUAUUCACGCAAACAGGAACAGGAAGACAAACUCGGGCUCUGCCGCUGCUGCACUGCACUGCUGACCUUUGUGCAGCCAUUCGUGCAGGAAGUCAAAAGUCAUGACGCAAAGGGUCCAGAAACGACUGGUUAUGAAGAGGGACUGAGGACUGUGCUGCUUAAUUUCUGCAUGGAGAGUCUGAGAGGACCUCUUCUGGAAGCUCAGCUGGAACGGGAGGCCGACAGUACACAGAACUCUCCCCUCUGGAACUUUGCCACAGAGAUAAUGUCCAUUUUAUUAGUGAUUCAGCCUCUGCCCAAACUGCUGUUCUACUAUCCUCUGAAAGGAAGAGAAGAUUCGGGAAUUACAAAGCAAGACCAGGCCCAUCCGACCGAAUCAAGAGCUUGCCUGGCAUACUUGCUGUUUGUCCAACUCAUUGCCAUGGAAGUCUUCCCUGCAGUCUUUAGUCCUGUUUUUGUCCUGCAAUGCAAUAUGGAAUACAUUAAUAUUUUGCUGAGCAGAAAAGAUGAAUCAUGGAUAUUAAAAGGCUUGGACCUGUACGUCAAAAGUCUGGAGAGAGUUCUGGACAGUAGUCUCCCAGUACAGCUACUGGAGCUAAGGGUCUUCCACAGUGUUUCACAGGUUUUACUUACAAUCAUGAUUGACUGUCCUAUCCAGCAUUUGAGAGUGAAAGCUCUUGUGGUGUUCCAGCUUUUUAUAGAGAAACUCAAUGGGGAGGCCAAGCACAAAUUUUUCAGAUGCAUCAUGAAGACUAGUCAGCAUGCAGGCGUGCACAGUGUCAUCCUGAAAAACAUAAAGAAUCAAGUGGAGCAUUCAAGCAAGUUGGAACACAGUGACGGCUGGUUUGAAAGGACGUUACUGAUCUCGCUUCUUAAAGACACGGUCAGUCUACCCCAGGGUCCAGAGACUGACCUACUGCAUGGGAUGGACAGGGUAAUGGAGUCAUUAAAUCUUCUAAGAUAUCUACUAAUUAAGGAGAGAAAGCAUGCAGCUAUAUGGACAGAUCUCUGUAAAAUUGCUGAGAGCUAUAUAAAAACACUGCGAGUGUGCCUGAGCAUGUCCAAAUCUUACUACGGGACUGAGCUGAAGAGACUACAGGAAGAAAAACGGAUCAAAGCCAGGGAAUUCAAAGAAACUUAUGGUGAGAAAUCAAUGCGACCCAUGAUGGUUAAAAAUGAAAAGUUAGGUGGAAUGUCACCAGAGGCACAGGACAAGGUGCUGCAGUGCGCAAUUGUGACAUACGACCUGAUGGAGAGCCUUGUGGUCCGAAUAGAGGAGAUCAUAGAGGAGAGAGUCUGAUGUGAAAGGCAUUUUUCUUAUUUAGUAAUCUUGUAC